CCGAUAUUUAUUAAUAAUGGCAGGAUUUGCCAGCUGGCUAGCACCAUGGUAAUAAAAUACAAUCCAUGUUAUUUUACAAUCCAUGCUAGCACUCUAGCACUAGUAUUAAAUUUGUCAGAGUUUAUAUCUGGAUCAUUUGCAGAAAUAUGGCUAGUUGUGAUUGUGAAGAAGAAAAUUGAAAACGUUGAUAUAAACUAUUUGCCUAACGAAAUUCUAGCGAAGAUAUUUUCAUAUCUCACUGUAAAGGAGUUAAUAUGUACUGUGAGACUUACCUGUCAAAGAUGGUGUAAUAUUUCGUAUGACAGAAACUUAUGGACCACAUUGACAACAGAUGACGUUCAAGAACUUAAGAAUCAUUCAAUUUCUGACAUAAUACAUCGUUUGUUUUGUUUUAAUAAUGAUUUUGCUACGCUCAAGUAUCUUUCGCUUGACCGCGUUGAUAUUACACAUGAAGACGACUUAACCUGUAUGUUUCCACUUCUUAUACCAAACCUUUGCGAACUGUCACUUGCAUUUUGUAAUCUAGGGGAUCCAUGGAUUGAAAUUCUUUUGGAAAAACUUUCUAUUUGUUGUCGUAAUAUACACAGCUUAAACUUGGAUGAAUGCAACAUAAUAAAUAAUUGUUUGGAUUUUUUUUAUAAUCACAACAUAACAAAACUUAAUGUUUGCUACUGUAACCGACUGACAGAUGAAUUUAUUUACACAAUUAGUCAUUGGAAUCUCAGAUAUUUAAAUAUUGAUGGUGUUCAAUGGAUCAGUGAUGAAGCUGUGGAGCAUUUGUUGCACAAUUGUCAACAUUCACUUGAACAUCUAUGGCUAGAUGGUGAUAAUUUGACAGAUGAUGGAUUAAAAAUGUUGAGCCAUUGUCACAACAUAAAGUAUGUGACCAACUUAUGAAUAAAAUAGAUUUGAUCUCGAAUAAUUCAAAAUAAAUGUUGACACUUUAAGAAAAAGAAAUCACAGCACCUCGCCUCUGCCCAAGCCAGAUUUUGAAUUACAUUUGAGCAAAAUGCAUUUAUUGCAGGUUUAUCAAUUAUAUAACAUUAAAACAUGUCCUACUCAUUUAAGUAAAGGUCUCCAGUGAAAUAUGUAUUUUUGGAAUGAUAUGACCAAUAGACCUUGUUUCAAAAAUGGUGAUAAUAUGUGGUAAGACCAAAAUUGGAUUUUAUAAGGAAAUUGGCCCCUCCUUGUAACCCACCAGUCAAGGUUAGGGGUGGGACUGUGGGGUUAUACAGCACCAUAAGCAUGUAAGUUGGGCAACAAGAUGCCUGAUGGGGGAGAAAUAAAUUGGAAAACAACUUUUGAUUGCUUGGGCAAAAUGAUACAAUAAAUUAAUUAAUUGAUACAAUAAAUUUCUUUCUGCUCCCCCAUCCCCAAGUUUACCCCCUCCCAUACGCCUAUGUACAGCAUCCCCUAGCUAUGAGACAUGUUCCUCAAUCAGUUCUGAACCUCCCAGAGGAAAAUGGUGUUCUUAAUUUCAUCCAUUACAAAUGAAAUUUUGUUGGAAAACACAUCUUCCCAUUUAUAAGUGUGUUUUGGUUUACAAAAUAUCAGAGAGUGUUCCAUUCCAUAAAGAUGGAGAAAUAUGUAUAGGUUAUUUUGAGGCAAUGAGGGGAUAUGUGAUUUAUUCACCGAGGCACGCAGCGCCGAGGUGAAUAAACGCAUAUCCCCGAGGUGCCUCAAAAUAACGUACUUAUUUUUCACACUGCGAGGUCGCGUUAAUGAGUCAGAAUAGAAAUAAUUCUUAAUGCCAUAUUGCCUUCGUGAUGUUUUUUCUCAUUUUUCGUGCUGCAAAUACAUUGCAGGUGAAUAUUAGAGGGGAUUAUUAAUUGCAGGUGAAUAUUAGAGGGGAUUAUUAAACGGAAAUUGAUUAGAGGGGAAUAUUGAAUAUAUUUCCCGACAAGAACAAAGGAAACCGAGCAGGGUGAAAAAUAAAGUAUAGUUUGGUAUACCUCGACCACUGUUCAUGUCAGUAGGAUCCUCAGGAGCUAGUUGUAUAAAAAUCUUAAUCACUUUUUUAAUCAUUAUUUUGUAGCUAAAUAGUGAUUAACUCUCAAAUAUGCGCUUCUUAUUGGAUGACGUUUCCACUAGAUAGUUAACUUUAAUCACUUUUUUAUACAACCGGCCCCAGGUGAUUAAACAAUUUGGAUGAAUGACAGGGUGCCCGCCUCAGACUUGGUAUGAAAAUAUUGCUGUAUUCAUUUAAAUUUGACAAGAAAUAAAAUAUCACUGCAAUAAAUUGACAAGAAAUAAAUAAUAUCACUGUAACUCAGACUCUUGUCAAAUAAAUUUGACAAGUACAUGCGUAAAAAUGCUCAGGUUGAUGCAAUAUUGAUGAAAACAGGAUUGAACAAUGUUUUGCUGCCCACAUUGUUCACGGUUGUCAACAAUAUUGAACAAUAUUGUUACACCCGAUUCAGGCUCAACAGUACUGUUCAAUAUUGUUGACAUGUGUGAACAACAUGGGCAGCAAAACAUUGUUCAAUCCUGUUGAGCAGCGGGCUCUGUGUUUUUAGCCGUGUAGCUAACAAAUCUAGCUCUAAGUUUGCAGCACUUCAUGUAAAUUGAAAUUUAUAUUUUACAGUGAUAUUUUUUAUUUCUUGUCAAUUUAUUGCGGUGAUAUUUUAUUCCUUGUCAAAUUUGAAUUAAUACAGCAAUAUUUUCAUACCAAGUCUGAGAUGGGUACCCUGUGGAUGAAUGGGCUGCAAUCAAUGAUAUGGCUGCAAUUUUGUGGUCAAACAUGGGAGUGUGGGUAUCAAAGUGUUGCAUAAAUUAAAAUGUAACUGACAUUGGGGAACAAAAAAAUUUAUAAGGUCAAAUGUAGAUCAGUAUGUCGCCCAUAUGACCGAUUGGUGUAUAUUGUGAUACCAACACAUGACCAUUGGUAUAUUGGUGUAUUAUUCUGUAAUUAUUACGUACUUUAUGCCAGAAUGACGUAACAAAUGAAUGUUACAAAAUCACAAUGACUAAUUAGACUGCUAGUCUAGUUUGAAAACUUUAUGAAAAUUUAUCCUUCUUUUAGCGGAAAACCUUUUUAGACUGAAUUUAAACAAUCAGCUGCCAUGAUGCCAUCAUAUGAUAAAACUACACGUCUACCAUAAACAACGAAAGACAAAUUACAUACAAUAUUUAACUAACCCUUUCCCCGUAAGCAUCUCACUAAAGGUUUGAUUAUGACUAUGUGACAAACAUAUAUUCUUAUAUUUUAGCGUUUUAAAAAUAACCUACUGUGAAGAGUUGACAGAUGUGACAUUGGCCAACGUUUCUGAAAUGCGAAACCUUACUUCACUGUCUUUAAGAAAAGGAAAGAACUUUUCAAAAGAAGGACUUAUCUUUAUGUUUCAGAAUCUUAAAAAUGAAUUAUAUUACUUGGACUUUUAUGAUUGCCAAGCUCUUAAUGACGAAGUCGUACAUUGGUUAACACAAUCGUAAGUUAAUAGUUGAAACGUUGUUUAGCUGAUUUUUAUGUAGUUUAACAUAUAUGUUAAUAAUAAUAGCUAUAUAGAAGACUACAUGGAAACAAUAAAAGAUGAAAAUUUUAUACCAAACUUGAAUCGAGGCUAACGAUUUUUCUCUACACUGCUAAAUGCUGACAAAUGGUAUGGAUUAAAAAUUAGAAGGCAGUUAGCCGAGAGUUCUUGGAAGUUGGAACAUUUUCUCCUAAGCCUGAUCCCGCCAACUUUUACGUCGGAUUCGGAACAAUAUCAGGUAGCUGUGUGGAGAAGAGUGCUGGGUUCCAGCGGACUCCCCCUGAAAUCAGUGAAACGUUCCCCUUAGCCUCGCCACUGCAUUUCGUAUAAGAUGCAACUGAGGUCCUCGGCAAGGUCAAGGAAACACGUUUAUAUAAGUCGGGAACAAGUGAAGUUUUCUUAUGUGUACGUCAGAUUGCCAAAAGGGGACUGGAUUAAAAACUGCGUUUGUCAGUUUGUGGCCAUCUUCAACACGUGUGACAUAGAUUUUUAAAGUUUUUUUUUGUUUCCUCACACGAGCGCUAUGCCUAUGAUGCAAAAUGCCGCCAAAAUUAGUUAUAGCAAUUUUCGAGUGACGUCCGUGUUGCAAAAACGCGCUUGCUUAAUUAAGCUCAUAAUGAAUAACAUACUUGACUGAACUGCAACCCUUGCUACUCGACAGAGUAAAAUGUCUAAAAUUGUACGUAUACGAUUCGUCAUAACGGGCCAUGUUACACGAGGCAAUUUUGCUGCAACUUGCAACGCAAUUUCGGUCAUACAAGCGAUGUUAUAUAAAAAAAUAACAGAAAAUUAGUGAGCAUGGCGAUGGGCAAAAUUUCACUUUUCUGAUUUUCUUAUUCACUUAUUUUAUAGUAAUUAAGUAAAAUGCGGAGCAAGUUCUCGUACAAUCUUACUGUGGAUAUACAUUUACAUACCUUAAUUCAUCAUUGAGUCGGUUUUCUUUGAUUAAUAAUCAUAUUAAUUAGCUGAAAAGAUGAAGGAAAACUCAAAAAAUUGUCGUUCAAAGCAGACGAAACAGACAAAACUUUGUUGAAAAACCUCCUCAAUGAUGAAUUAAAUACGAUAAACAACUCGAAAGUCAGGAUUUAUGUCAGAUAAUGUCCUCGGACGCGUCAUUAUCUGACAUAAAUUUCUCCUCGAUAUAUAUAGAUUGAUUGCACUCGUUGCAGCAAAGAUUUCCUCGUGUAACAUGAACUUUAAGCAUUAAAACGGCAAUGUUUGUGACUUAUACCAACAAAUAAAAUAAAUCUCUCCUACAAUUUACAGUUCUCCUCAUCUAAUCACGUUAGAUCUUUCAUGGUGUUGGUGUAUUACAGAUGAAGGCCUGAAGGACAUCGUAAAUCAUUGUCGUAAUAUUCAAAAACUGAUCUUAAUUGGCCUGCACGAACUUACUGGCAAACCUUUCGAAGACACAGUAGAGAGACUACCUCGCUUGUAUUAUCUGGAUUUGUGUAAUUGUAACUCAAUCAUAGAUGAUAUAAUAAUAGAUAUUGCCAGGAAAUAUUCUUCUUUAUCAAUUGUAAAUUAUUAUGGCGACGUUGUAUAAUAUAAGUAAAAAAUUAUACAUAUAUACCAUAUCUUGUAGGUGCUCCAUAGAUUAAUUAUAAUUAUGAGGAUAUUAGUCCUCGCUAGGAAUUUCAAAACAUAUC